AUGCUGUCGAGGGCGGCGAGACCGGCUAUCCGGGCUGCGGCUUCGGCUCCUAGGGUCGUUGCCGGCACUCCUGCUACCGCUGCAGGCUAUGCCACGCUUCGUGAGAUCGAGGACCGCCUCAAGUCCAUCCGAAACAUCGAGAAGAUCACCAACACCAUGAAGAUCGUUGCCUCCACCAAGCUCAACCGCGCCCAGCGAGCCAUGAAGGAUUCCCGCAGCUACGGCCAGACCUCCAACGAGGUCUACAAGUCUGCCGAGACCGCUGCUAUCCCUGGCGAGAAGAAGACCCUUCUCAUCGUCUGCUCCUCCGACAAGGGUCUCUGCGGUGGUGUUCACUCCGGUCUUAGCCGAACUGUCCGCCGCAUGUUCGCCGAGAAGCCCAACGCUUACGACCUCGUCAUCCUCGGCGAGAAGUGCAAGUCCCAGCUUAGCAGGACCAACGCCAACGACAUCCAGAUCAGCGUUGCUGGUCUCGGCAAGGAUGUUCCCAGCUUCGCUGAUGCUCAGGCCAUCGUCGAUCAGAUCCUCCUCAUCCCCAACGAGUACACCGAGGUCAAGAUUCUGUACAACAAGUUCAUCAACGCCACUAGCUACGAGCCCACUGUGAUUGAGGCAUUUUCCGAGGAGGCCAUCACCCAGUCUCCCAACUUCUCUGCUUUCGAGGUCGAGGAGGAGCUCAUCCCCCACCUCCGCGAGUACGGCCUGGCCAACUCUCUACUGGGCGCUUGCCGAGGGCCACGCCUGCGAGAUCUCCGCCCGACGAAAUGCUAUGGACACACUAACGCCUCCCUCCUUUUUCAGAACGCUUCCAAGAACGCUGGUGAGAUGAUCCAGAGGUACCAAAUUCUCUUCAACCGAACCCGUCAAGCCGUCAUUACCGGAGAGCUGGUGGAGAUUAUCACUGGUGCUACCGCCUCUGCGGACAUGUAA